CGGCGUUGUGUUGUUGUUCGCGAGAGACGAAGACCGAAGGUUUACAUCAGUUAGGUGAAAUUCAACAGAGAAAGAUGCGUCUCCCAACGGAAGCCAACCAUGCCGAAACAACCAAGAAUGUUGUACCAGUCGAUUUGGAUGUCUUGAUAGGGAAACUCAAGGAAAAUCUCACAAUGAAAACAUGUCGAGAAAAAGUAGAUCGGCGACAUAAUGUACGUCCGUCACCAUAUUGUAUUCCUCGCAAGACAUCACCACUACCAAAUAGGACCCUAGUACCAUCAGGUGCAGCUGAAAACGUUUAUCAUUCUCAGGGAUUUAUCAAAUGCUCAAAGUGCUUUCAGAGACAUUGUAAAUGCAGCUAUACGGACGGCAGUUCUAUAAUGAUUCUCAAACAUCUACUACGCGAACAAACAUUGAUUCAAGAGGCCGUUAGACGGCUACAAGAUCGGACCGAUCGUAAGGGAGAGCACGUGCUAUGUAGACCGUGCUCUCCAUCGGUGGAUGAAUCGGACUGGCAUAGCGAAGGGUUCACAACGCAACACACCAGUUACGAGAGUGAAAUUGAUACUCCAUUAGAAUCUGACAUUGACUCAUGAAACUUUGUGAUAUCUAGUAAUUAACAAAUUGAGUGUUUGAUGUGGGCGACUGCUCUGUCUUGUGUGAAAAGCGGACUGUACAAGGAAGCGGCUAUUACUCGUAUGUUGUGUUCAAUCAAUAUCAAGUUUUUUUAAUUAACGAUUGCUAGAAGAAAGCGUAUGUUUCUGUGAAUGUGGGAUAGGCCCUGCAGUCAAGGAAGUUCAUAGAAACAACUAUAUACCUAUUACAUUGUGGCUAUAAAUAGCUGUGGAUCAGACGAUAUUUCUCAGGUAAUAAUUACGUGUACGUGGCGGAGGGAUACACGUAGUCUGGGUCGCUCAGAAGGUCGCGAGAGCUAUGGUGACCCACUUCGCACUUGUUUGUAAACAAGUCGCAGUUGUGAGCGCGCUCUUUGUGUUAGAACAGCCUGAGGCGGUACAGUCUUCUAAGGACAGGAAAGCUGUUUCCGGUGCGAUAACAAGAUAGACAGAUGAACAAUGGACACUUGAAUCUCUAUGUAGAUAUGACGUUUGAGUUUUAGUUGUUUACUAGUGCUCAUCUUCUUAUUUAUUAACAAAUUAAUGUUUUCAGUAAUAUGGUGUAGAUUUUAUUUACUUCAAGUGUUGACAUAAAAGUGCUUUGAGAUUACAGACUAGUAGUUCAUACACGAAGAAAUAUUUUGUCCAUUCUUGAAGUUAUCACAACGGAAAGUCGUUAAUAGUUCUUACGAUAAUUUUCUGAUUGCACAGCCUAUGAGAUCGAUUAUAUAGAGGGACCAGAAUAUGUUUAAGUGGUCUCUGAUAAAGGAUAUGAUUUAAUUGGUUAGAUAGUUAAGAUAGUGAUUGCGGUAUUUUCGCGGGUUAGCAAUUCAGAGCAUAAUGGAUGUAAGGAUCCCAUUUUUCAUUGUGAAUGUGUAAACAGUAAGCAUGUGGUGUCGUCGACAGGUGAAUGUGAAGGUCAUCAGUGGUACUUCUGGUCCACCUGGUGCUUCGUCUCGUGAUUUUUUUUUAUAAUUUUGUUAUACCUCAUUAAAAUGUGGUACGAUGAA